AUGCAUUCUAAGGGAUAUAUACCCCUAGCAAGCUCUUCCGAUUUAUCACAACCCGACAAAGAGCCCCCAAUUUUGAUGCGCAAACAUUCGAUUGUUUCCCUCAAUAGUGUUUUGGAGACCCAGUCUCUGUCUCAUGACACCAACGGCAACUUUGUUGAGGCGUCUACAGGCAGAAGAGUGCUUUUACGCGGGAUCAACCUUGACUCUUCUGCAAAGAUGCCCCAGAACCCUUUGCAAUAUUCCUAUUCUAGGCCCAAUGAAUGUGGUUUUUGGCAAGAGGCAGAUCGUGUCUCUUUUGUAGGCAGACCAUUUCCAUUGGAAGAAGCCUACGAACACCUGACACGUAUAAAACUUUGGGGCUACAACACGAUCCGUUACAUUAUCACCUGGGAAGCAAUUGAACACGAAGGUCCAGGAAUCUACGAUACCGACUAUAUUGACUACACUAUAGAGCUGCUGCGCAAGAUCGACGAAAUUGGCGGUCUCUACGUGUUUAUUGAUCCGCACCAAGAUGUUUGGUCUAGGUUCACUGGCGGAAGUGGUGCCCCACUAUGGACUCUGUAUGCUGCUGGGCUCGAACCUCGCAAUUUCCCUACUACUGAGGCCUCUCUUAUACACAAUUUCGCUGCUGAUCCUCAAAAUUACCAAAAAAUGGUCUGGGCGACAAACUACUACAGGAUGGCGACCCAAGUCAUGUUCACUCUUUUCUUUGCCGGGUCUAUGUUCGCCCCGAAAGCCAUCAUCAACGGCAUGAACAUCCAGGACUUUCUGCAAUCCCAUUUUUUGGGAGCCAUAUCUUUCCUAUUGACCUCAAUCAAGCAGAAAGCACCAGAGCUUCUGAACAAGACGUUAAUUGGAGUAGAGUCGUUAAAUGAGCCAAACUCUGGAUACUAUGGGUAUCCCGAUCUAGAUCAAUACCCCCCAUCUCAGGAACUAAGGCUGGGAACGUGCCCGAAGCCAAUUGAGGGUAUGCGAUUAGGAAUGGGACUGCCGCAGGAGGUGGAUGUUUAUUCGCUCUCUGUGUUUGGACCGCGCAAAAAUGGCUCCCGGCUUAUCGACCCAAACGGAGUCAAGGCAUGGAUCAGUGAUGAUAAAAUGGACAAACAUUAUGGCUUUGCAAGAAGUCCAGGCUGGAAGCUUGGGGAGUGCAUUUUUGCACAGCACAAUGUAUGGGAUCCUAGCUCUGGCCAAGCUCUCAUUCCUGAGUAUUUCAGCACAGACCCAAAUACAGGCGAAACUCUAGAUGAUAAGACGUUCAUCAAUACCCGUUUUGUUGACUUUUGGGACAAAUGGAAGAGCAUGAUAAGGAAAGUCGAUGCUGAUUUGUACGUGAUAAUGCAGCAUCCUGUCAUGGCGAUUCCUCCUGCUGUGAAAGGAACGUCACAUGUCGAUAGCAGAACGGCAAUCGCACAGCACUAUUACGAUGGGAUGUCGCUUAUGUUCCAGACGUGGAACAGAAAAUACAACGUGGACACGCUGGGCAUUUUACGGGGCAAAUACGUCAAUCCUGUUUUCGGGCUGGUUUUCGGCGAGAGAAACAUCCGCAAAUCGCUUAGAAAUCAGUUUGCACAGCUCAAGCAAGAGGCCAACGAAGCGGUUGGGCCAAACGUGCCGGUGAUCGUCACGGAAACAGGGAUGCCGUUCGAUAUGGAUUACAAAAAGGCGUACUCCGAUGGAGACUAUAGCUCUCAGGAGAGCGCAAAUGAUGCACUACAGUCCGCGCUCGAACAGACAAACCUCAACAGUACCUAUUGGUGCUAUAACUCGCGCAAUUGUCACAAAUGGGGAGACAAUUGGAACUUGGAGGAUUUCUCGUUGUACUCCAAGGACGACGUGGAUGACCGAAAAAAUGAGUAUUGGAUGCGGGCUGGAGCUUAUGGAACCACAACAAUUGGCACUUAUUUAGAGUGGAUAACGAAUUCCUCGUCCAGUCUCGAUACCACAUCCAAAAAAUCAGAGGCUGACGAAGAAGAGAUCGAGCUCGAAAACAAAGUCAUCUCACUAAUGAACGGGACCCGUGCUGCGGCUGCUGUUGUGCGUCCGUAUGGUGUUCUGGUGAAUGGCACAGUGAUAUUAAGCGAUUUUGACCUCAAAAAGGUCACAUUUGUGAUGGAAAUUGAUACCCGUGCUCAACCGCACAAAAAGGCUCCCACCGUGAUAUAUUUACCAGAGCUUCACUUUCCACCAGGACAGUUUGAGGUCAGGGUUACCAACGGCACAACCACGUAUCGCCACAACAAGUUUGUCCAGCUUGUAGAGUGGGAUCACGACGUACAGAUUGGAAAUAUACGAAUCGAGGUGAGCAGCUACGCGGGUCAAGAGGAUUACGACUACAAUGAAAAGGGCACUUUAAAAGCCCUUGCCUGCGGGUACUUAUGA